AUGCUAGUCUUUAUUCUUCUUAUUACACUAAGUUGUGCAUCAGAGUAUGAAGACUUUUCAUUAAAUAAUUUUAAGGAUCUUUUGUCAUCUGACAAAGACUCCGACAAAAGUUCUUCACUUAAAGACAAAAAGUCUAAGUCUUCUUCUGGUACGAAAACAAAACGUAAUGUUAAACCAAAAAAAAAGAAUAAGCCAAAGUCAGUUAAAAAGACUAAAAAGCCAGUUACAAAGCCAAAACCAGUGGCAAAACCAAAAAAGAUUAAUAAGUUAAAAACAGUUACAAAGCCAAGAACAGCAACAAAAUCAAAUAGAAAAGUUAUGAAUAAAACAAUUAAAAAACCAGUAAAUAAGAAAAAAACUGUUAAGCCAUUAACUAAAAGGAUGUAUGGAAAAAAAUCAAGUGUAGUUAAAAGAACAACAAAACAACAAAAGACAACCAUAAAAAAUAAAAAAUCUUCUGGUUCUAUGGCUAAAGGAAAGGUAGUUUCAAAACCUCUCGUUAAAAAAGGUUCUAAGUCAACUAGAAAAUCUUCUGUUCAACAAAAAAAUAAAAAAGUAGUAAAGUCAACUGCUAAACCAACACUAAAGAAAAAUAAAUUAAAUUCACCUUUUAAAUUCAAAUCAGCAAACAAAACAAAGUUACAAAAUAAAAAGACAUUAAAACCAAUGAAAAAGGGAUUAACUGGAAAAAAAUUAACAUUUACAAAUACAAAGAAACAAUCAACAACUACUAAAGCAUUAAGUACUAAAUCAAAGAAAAACAUUAAACCAUUAGCUAAGGGAUUAUCAGGAAAGAAAGUUCCAACUUUUUCUGUUAAGGGUAAUAAAAAUAUAACAAGUGUUUCUCAACCUACCAAAUCAACAACAAAUACAAACACUAAAAUUAUUAACGAAAAAGAUAAAAAAGGAAUUGAAGCUUCAAUAGAUUAUAAAGGAGAUAAAUUAUCAACAAAUUCACAAGCAAAAUUUGUUAAAGACAAAAAUGGAAAGACAACUUCUUUUGGAAUAGAAGGUACUUAUCAAGCAAAUAAAAAUGUUUCUUUUAAUGCUGGAUUCAAUUUUGAAAAUAAGUAUGGACAAAAAACAAAAGAUUUUACUUUUGGAACUACCUACACAGGAAGUAAAUUUAAUGGAAAUGCAAAAUAUAACAAAAAAUGGGAUCCAAUGGGAAAGUCUAGUUUAUUCCAAUAUAACGCAGAAUAUAAACCUGAUAAAAAUUUCACUUUUGGAAUUAGUGGAAGUAAAGAAAAUAAAUAUGGACAAACUACAAAUACUUUUAAUGGUAAAAUAGGUUUUGUUGGAGAAGAGAAAUUAAAAAAAGCUGACCUUUCUUAUAAUAAAGUAACCAGUCCAAAUGGAGUAUCUAGUAAUAUACAUUAUGAUGCUAAUUACAAUCCAGACAAUAAAUGGGCACUCGGAAUAGAUGGAGAUAUUAGUAAUAAAAAUGGAGAAAAAACUAACAAAUUUGAUUUGACUGGACGUUAUAAAUAUAAGAAAUUAGACGCUACUUUAGAUUUUAAUCAUGUCAAAGAUGGAAAAGGUAAAUCUAAUACUCUUUCUGGAAAAUUUGAUUAUAAAGCAUCAGAUGCAUGGAGAGUUACAGGUGAUGGAUUUAUUUCGAAUAAGUAUGGACAAAAGUCUAAUGGAUUGAAUGUAAAAGCAGAUUAUAAAAGUACAAAUACUACUGGAAAUAUUUCAGCUGGGUUUAAGAAUGAUCCAAAAGGUAAAAGUAAUUAUGUUAGUGGCAAUAUUGUCAGUAAAGUUAAUAAGAAUUUAACAUUAUCAGCAAACGGUAAAAUAUCAAAUGAUUAUGGCAAAAAAACAACUGACAUAAAUGGACAGGCUGUGUUUACUGGAGAUAAAUUACAAGCUAACCUUGCAUUAGGACAUAAGAAAGAUACAAUGGGUGUAAAUAAUUAUAUCCAAGGUAACUUUAAUUAUAAGGCUAAUGAUAACUGGACAUUUACUGGUAAUGGUAAGGCUAAUAACCAAUACGGAAAAAGGUCUAAUGAAUUUGGUUUUGGAGUACAACACACUGGUCCUAAAUUAAGUGCAUCUGCUUUAUAUCAACAAACAAACAAUGCAGCAGGAAAAAAUACAAAAGUCAAUGUGGAUGGUACUUACCGUGUUAAUAAUAAAACAGUAAUAACUGGUAAUUUAAAUUCUGUUACAAAUAAUGGUAAAAGAGACACAGGCUAUGGUAUUGGAAUUAAAUAUAGUCCAGACGAAAACUCAACUAUAAAUGCUAAUUUCAAGCAUAAUGGAGUAACUGGUUCUAAUGUGUUUGGAAUUGGAGGUAAGGUUAAAAAUGAUAAACUAGAUCUUAGUGCUAAUGCUGAGUUUGGAAAGAAUAACAAAAAGGCAGACCUUACCCUUUCAUAUAAACCAUCUGAUAAAUUCUCUGUUGAUGGUAAAGUUGGUUAUUCUUAUGCCAACGGACAUGGAUCUUCUAAUUACGGAGUUGAUUUACACUACAAACCAGAUGAAAAGUGGGAUAUUUCUGCUGGUGUUUCCCGUUCAAGUGAAGGAACUACUUGGAGUGCUAAAGCAGAACAUAAAAUGAGUAAAGACUCUUCGUGGUUUAUUAGUGCUGAAAAAGGACCAUCAGGAAGUCCACGAUAUAUGGGAGGUUUACAAAUGACCUUUUAA